ACGAAUCGGACAGCGCUACUUCAGGCAGCUUCAAUGGGGCUCUGAAACUACGAGCAGUCAAUUAGACAUGAAUUGAUAUUAUUUUGCGGUAUUUACCAAAAAGCGGGUUGCUGUUCACUGAAAUUACCCGACUGCUCUCAUUAAGCCGUCAGAAUGAUGCGCUUUAUGCUUCUGUUCAGCCGGCAGGGGAAGCUGCGACUCCAGAAAUGGUACACGGCUACAGCUGAGCGUGACAAAAAAAAGAUGGUCAGAGAGCUCAUGCAGGUGGUGCUGGCCAGAAAACCCAAAAUGUGCAGCUUCCUGGAAUGGAGAGAUCUAAAGAUAGUCUACAAGAGGUAUGCCAGUCUAUAUUUCUGCUGUGCGGUGGAGGAGCAGGACAAUGAGCUGAUUACCCUGGAGGUCAUCCAUCGCUUUGUGGAGCUGCUGGAUAAGUACUUUGGCAGUGUUUGUGAGCUUGACAUCAUUUUUAACUUUGAAAAAGCUUACUUUAUCCUGGACGAGUUUCUUAUGGGGGGAGAAAUUCAGGACACUUCCAAGAAGAGCGUGCUCAAGGCCAUCGAACAGGCCGACCUUCUACAAGAGGAGGAUGAGUCACCCAGGAGUGUCCUAGAGGAGAUGGGGCUGGCCUAGUACUAGUUUCCAAUGCAGUCAAGACAGGUGGUAAAUUUCGGUACUACUGAGACACAUGAAGUGGGUCCAAGGGGAGGGAGAAGAAAAUGGGAAUAAAAGAGGUUAGGUGGGGUUAAUUUUGAACUACUGAGAUCAGCAUGUGAUUGUAUUUCAAUUCCAACCUUUUUUGUCUUUUACAUUUUAAAAUGGCUGCCUAGCUGGGAACUCGUCUUUCUUAAGAGACACUUUUGAAAGAGAGUUGCAGAUAGACAUUUGAAUUUAGCAGUUGGAAACAUAUUUUAAAAAAAAUUUGAGGCUCGCCACUUUAAAAACAGGUCAUGCAAUCUCAGCUUUUAGUUUUAUUCCAAAUAAUGAUUUAUUGUUACAUUGAUCAAGUGACCUGCUUUGGAAAAGCUACCUGUUGUAGAUGAUAACCUAAAAAUUGAAUCUUCCUAAAUGCCAUUACUAUACAUCUACUGUAGCUGCUCAGGAAACGAUGACAUUGACCAUCCAGCCAUUUUUAUUUGUGUGAGAUGCAAAAAUAUUUGUACUUGUACCACUUUAAAUUAAGUGCUAUGGACCAUAAGUAAAUCUUCUAAUGGGUUUUUUCUAAUGGAUCGAUUUUAAAGAGAUAUUCACCAAAUGGGAGGAAUAUUAAAUAGACAUUUUUAAAUGGCUGCAAUACUGAAUGGACUAUUUUUUUUGUUUGGUCUAUUCAUUCUGUCCCUUGAGCCACAGUAGUAAAACGCCUGAAUGUGUAUCUUACUUCGAGAACAGGGCACUGAAUCUCAACCACAAAAUGGCGCUGAAGCUCUUUCCUGUUUAUCUUGGUCUACAUCCUGCUUUCCAAAGACAUGUUUCUGACUGUAAGCGUGGCGUUGGAGUUGUAAUAAUUAAGGGAGUAUUUGUAGCCUGUUUCAGAUAACAAAAGAGGGCUUUGAUAUUAAGUGUGAUGUAUUUACAUAGCUUUUUAAACGUGGUGUGAAAUAAGGGAAUAUUUUGAGAUGAUGUGUUUCUUUUUUUUUUUUUUUUUUUAACAAUUGAUUCAUUUUAGCAUGAGGGCAUGUUUUUCCCUGUGUAAAAACCGUCAGGUAACCAAAACAGAAUUAUGUGUGAAUGUAAUUUUAUAAAUAAUAAAACACACUUUUAGCCUAAA